ACUGGGCAAAUAUUUGUGAUUUUCAUUGGAUAAGGCACGUUAUCAAUGCCAAAUUCCUUCACGAUCGAAUUUAAAAUAAAUGUACUUUAUAUAUCUCUUAUAUUUCAAUACCUCAGAAUGUCUAAAGACUGUAAACAAGAGAUCAAAUCAGAACAAGUGGAGAACCCAGAAAGGUCAAACGGUUUCCUCUGCCCAAUAUGUGGAGCACAUUACUUUUCAGAAGACUACUUUGUUGAGCACAUCAAAGAACAUAAAACAAUAUCAAAUUGUACAAUAAAACAAGAACUUACAUCUGAAUCAGAUAAACCAUCUGUUUUUAUCUGUCCAGUUUGUGCUGAACAUGUUUACUCAGACACUCAGUUAAUAGAACAUGUAAAGCAGCACCAUGAUCAUAACAGCCCAGAAAUUCCUGACUACUUUGAUACUUCAGAUAACUUGACUGGAACAGAUCCUCAGAGGACAUUAGUUCUGUCUCCUAGUGAGAGUCCGCCUGUGAGACCCUUAAAGUGUUCUGAGUGUUCAUAUGCUACAAGACGAGCAAGUGAUCUUAGAAAUCAUAUGAGAAUUCACUCAGGUGAGAAACCCUUCAAAUGUUCUGAGUGUCCAUAUGCUGCAAACCAAGCAAGUAAUCUUUCUAGACAUUUGAGAAGUCACUCUGGAGAGAAACCCUUCAAGUGUUCUGAGUGUUCAUAUGCUACAAGACGAGCAGGAGAUCUUACGAAGCAUAUGAGAAGUCACUCAGGUGAGAAACCCUUUAAGUGUUCUGAAUGUUCAUUUACUGCAAGACACGCAAGUAAUCUUUCUGUACAUAUGAGAAUUCACUUAGGUGAGAAAGCCUUCAAGUGUUCUGAGUGUUCAUAUGCUGCAAGACGAGCAGGCGAUCUUACGAAUCAUAUGAGAACUCACUCAGGUGAGAAACCCUUUAAAUGUUCGGAUUGUUCAUAUGCUGCAAAACAAGCAAGUCAUCUUUCUAGACAUUUGAGAAUUCACUCAGGUGAGAAACCCUUCAAGUGUUCUGAGUGUUCAUAUGCUACAAGAUUAGCAGGCGAUCUUACGAAGCAUAUGAGAACUCACUCUGGAGAGAAACCCUUCAAGUGUUCUGAGUGUUCAUAUGCUACAAGACGAGCAAGUAAUCUUACUAGACAUUUGAGAAUUCAUACUACUUAGUCAGAAAUACAGAACUACAUUGCACCUUAUCACCGGACACUGUAGGUUAAACAAACACCUUCGUACCAUCUGCAAAUCUAGCAUCAGUGCAUAUCCGAUAUGUGAGCACGAAGAAGAGACCGUCUCAUAUUUUCUAAGACAGUUUUCUCGUUCCCAUCUAUUGCUCAACUUAGAGGGAAAUAUUUGUCAGGAUUAUUAUCUCCCUGUCAACCAUAUCUUCGACAACCAUCACAUAACUACUCUUGUCAACUUUGCAACCUACACCAAGCGUCAUUAGUAACAUACUUCGAUUCCACUUUUAUUAUCUGGUAAACUUUGAAUAAGGAUCAAUGGGUAAAUUAUGAAAUGGGAAUAUUCAAACCGCAAAUAGUGUGCAUGUUUUUAGAUAAUACAUUAUGAUUCAAAUUAGUGAAAAACGAUGAAAAUAAUACAGAUAUAUGUUGCAUGUCAUUACCUUCUCAAGCACUAUCGCUAUCAUUAAUGAUUUUUCUUUUAUUGAAUGUAUUGUUUUAUCUCUGCUCUUCUAGUAAGACUGGAACAUGUCACCGAUAAAAAUGUCAGACAUAAGAACUCUACUCUAUUUUGAUAUCUUUUAGCCCUAAAGUCUACAUUUUCUGGUAGUGAUAUUAUAUUUUAAGAUUGAUUGCAAUGAAA